AUAAAUUGUUAAUUAAACAGAAUCCAUUUUCAUUAAUUGUCAUAUUAUUUUGGUUUCGUUGAACUUGUUAGCCCUAUAAUUAUAUGUAAAUUAAUUAUUUGUAUUGUAUGAUGUUGCCCUCUUGUCCUGCUAAAUACUACUAAAGAAAUAAUAAUGAACUAAGGAAGCACAUUCCCAUUAUUCUGUUUGGGAUUUCCGAGAUUUCUCAAUUCCCAUGAUCAAGGAAGUGAUGUCGUUUCGGUUUAUGAAUUAUUUCCGAUAUUUUAUAACUUUCUAGCUUGCUUCCGAAAAUAAAUUUUAAUGUUUUUAAGUUUUGCUUUUUAAUUUUAAUUGUGUUUUAUUUUGCAAUUUAAAAGACAUUAUGGUAAAAAAAAAUAAUAAAACUUUACACUUGAAAAUUAAAAUUAAUUAAAUUAAAAUUCUAAAAAAACUAAAUUAUUAAACUAGCUAACACAAUGAUAAUUUUUAACAACGUGAGACGUUCAUCGUUCAUUCUGUUCAUAAUAUUUUGUUUGGUUUCGAAAUCUUACACCUCAUCUUGUAGGGAUGUGAACAACAAGCCCAUUGAUUGGUUUAUUAUUUACAAACUGCCUGCAUUGAAGAACAGCCCCAACAAGUUGGUGAGAAAGGGUGUUGGCCAGGUUUAUAUGGACAGUAACAAUGUCAACUUCCAGCUGUUGAAUAUUUCCAUCGCUGAACAGAGGGGUCCAGUUUAUUAUUCCCUGGCCAACAUUUAUUCCGGCAAAAAUGUCUCAACAAUGUAUGCAAUGUAUAAUGAUCAAACUCCAUAUGAAACUUCUGAGCAUUAUGGUCACACCAAAGGAGUUUUAAACUUUGAUAGAACUUCAGGAUUUUGGAUGGUUCACAGCAUUCCAAAGUUUCCACCCUCUCCACAAAAUAAAUAUGAUUAUCCAAAAACUGCUACAAAAUUUGGCCAAACGUUGCUCUGUGUUACUUUUAAUUAUUCAUUCCUAGAUCAACUUGGAGUGCAACUGAGGUUUAACAAUCCGAAGAUUUAUAAUUAUUCCCUGCCGGCGGAUAUGAGGAAGUCCAAUCCUAACAUGGUACUUGCUUUGAAUGGGUCAUCAAUUUCAGACAGGCCAUAUUUCAGUGUCCUUGAGCUGAGAUCAUUGCAAGGAGAAAAUAUUCUAAGUUUUGCUAAAAACGCCCAUUUCAACAAAGAUUUGUACUCCAACUUGGUUGCAACAAGACUUCAAUCAAACUUGAUGGUUGAGGCGUGGAGGAACGGAAGAGGAGGCAUGGAUUCAGAGUGCAAUAUGUCCUAUAAGGUAGAGAAUAUAGAAAGCAUAAAAUUGUUGGAGAUGUCAUUUAAUAGUACGUCUGAUCAUUCAAAGUGGGCCAUCGCCACUUCUCUUCCUGACUUUAAAAGGAAACGCAGAACAUCUACGUGGACUUGCGUUGGAGAUAUUAACAGACAGGUUCCUGAGCACCAGCUGAAAAGAGGUGGUGGAACAUUGUGCCUGAGUCUGCAAGCAGUCUGGAAGAACUUCAAACAGAUGGUCACAACUGUCGAGCAGUGCUGA